CGUUCCCGAGGCCGUUCCCGGUUCUCGGCUCCGGGGCUGCCGCCAUGGGCCGCCGCAAGUCGAAGCGGAAGCCGCCGCCCAAGAAGAAGAUGACGGGGACGCUGGAGACGCAGUUCACGUGUCCAUUCUGCAACCACGAGAAGUCCUGCGACGUCAAGAUGGACCGCGCCCGGAACACCGGGGUGAUCUCGUGCACCGUGUGCCUGGAGGAGUUCCAGACCCCCAUCACCUACCUGUCGGAGCCCGUGGACGUUUACAGCGACUGGAUCGACGCCUGCGAAGCCGCCAACCAGUGACAGCCGGGGAGGGGGCGACACUGCCCUGUCCCCA